CACACAGUCGGGAAACAGUAUGAGAACAGCAGCUGGAGCGGGUCCAGGAGCUGCAUAUACUCACGUGUCAAAUAAUCAGCCCUAUAGAAAGCAAACAUCUCAUAGCAUUCGUUUGACACACUAACCUAAACUGCGGUUUCGACGAUUGACAAUAAUGGAAAUAUUUUGUGUAUCUAAAACGAGUUCGGAGUGGAGAGAACACCGUGUCCCUUCAGUUGAUCAACAGCAUUAGAGAAGUUAAGCUUUCGGUCGCACACAAGAUAUGUGAACAAUGCGAACUCCCAAGACCUUUUCUCAAAUGAGCAAAUGCUUUCAACUCGGUCGACUCUGUGUUAUUUAUGGUCAAAAAUACAAUUUUUAUGUAAGGUUUGCAUUCAUUUGAAUUCAACAUGGAUCGGGACUCAUGCACUUCUAAAGAAAAGGCCCAGUUUGGAGCAGCGGAAGGUGCGUUCGCGAGAUGCGGCACGCUGUAGGAGGAGUCAGGAGACUGAUGUGUUCUACGAGCUGGCCCACUCUCUACCCCUCCCACGACGUAUCGCCUCCCACUUGGACAAAGCUGCCAUCAUGAGGGUGACGCUCAGCUAUCUGCGCAUGAACCGCCUGAUCCAAUCCGCAGGUUCAACCAAAACACAAUCUCAUGAGGAGACCGAAGAUCCCACUGAUGGGUUUUAUCAGCAGGCAUUGGCUGGUUUUGUCAUGGUGAUGACAGAGGAAGGGGACAUGGUCUUCCUUUCAGAGAGCGUCGGCAAAUAUAUUGGCAUAACACAGCUGGAGCUACUCGGACAGAGUGUGUAUGAGUUUGUUCAUCCCUGUGAUCAAGAAGAAUUGCGAGACAUCCUCACCACCAGACCAGGACUGUCAAAGAAAAAGAUGGUAAAGUUGACAGAACACAAUUUCUUCCUUCGUAUGAAGAGCACUCUCAUGCACACAGGAAGGACAGUUAAUAUCAAGUCUGCCACCUGGAAGGUCCUUCAUUGCACAGGGCAUAUACAGACUCUUAGCAGUGAGGAUGAAAGUUCGACCCCUGGUGGCAGCUUCCUGACAUUGCUGUGCGAGCCCAUUCCCCACCCCUCCAGUGUUGAGUUCCCACUAGAUAGCAGCACAUUCCUCACACGCCAUAACAUGGACCUGACUUUCACACAGUGUGACGGACGUGUCACUGAGCUUGUUGGAUACGAACCAGAUGAUCUGAUUGGCCGGUCAGCCUAUGAGUUUUACCAUGCUCUUGAUUUUGAUCAUGUGACCAGGAGUUUGCACAUCUUGUUCUCCAAAGGUCAGGUGUGCACCAGUCACUACCGCUUCCUGGCUAAGAAUGGAGGCUUCGUCUGGACCGAGACCCAAGCCACCAUUCUCUAUAACAGCAAGACCUCUCAGCCUGAAGCUGUGGUCUGCCUCAACUUUAUCCUCAGUGGGGUGGAACAGGCAGAUGUGGUGUUCUCAUUAGAACAGACUAGUGAUAAACCAUUGCCUAAAGCUGUCAAGCUGAGCCUGCUUGAAGAAGAGGACUCGGACAUGGAGGUGAGCAGCACUGCUGAGCUCUUCCUCCAGAUGAAGGAGAAUCCGGAGGAAUUACUGCAGCUGGCACCCCACUCUGGAGACACCAUAAUUUCUCUGACAGAUGGUGUGGAUUUGUCAUUCUGCCGUCCACCAAGUCCCAACGGUAUCCCAGAAUGCCCUCAGGACCUCUGUACACCUGAACUCCGCCAGCUCCUUUCUCCAAUAUUCGACAAACCUUCCAAUUCCCCACAUGCUGCGAGUCCCGCUGAAGAGCUGCCUGUGGAGAUGGAUGGGGUGGAGAAGUUCUUCGCCCUCAAACCUGCGGAGAGCGUAACGUUGAAAGGCCAAACAGAGAAUAUGGAUGAGCUUGAUCUGGACAUGCUGGCUCCAUAUAUCUCCAUGGAUGAUGACUUCCAGUUGACCUUCCUACCCCAAUGUCCUGAGACAGUUACAUCAUCUCCAGAAAUGCUAACCAACACUUCAAGGAAACGAUGUCUAGAAGAUGAGGAAGAUGAUGACAUUCCUGCUCUGGCUGCCAAAUUGGAGAAAAGAGAGAUGAGCAGCUCCAUAGAGGAAAGGCUUCUGCUCAGCCACACCUUACUGAAUGGCCUGGCUGAUAAUGAUGGUACAGAAGAGUUUGAGCCACCACCUCAAAAGCGAAGUCAGCUUUUGACUGACAGAGACCCUCUGCUGGGGGGGGUGCAGGCUUUGUGUGAUACGGCAGCCCUAAUGAGGGACACCUUUUUUUCACGCCCACCUGAUUUAUUGAGGCCAGUUGCUGAGACCACAUCAACCCUUACUUGAGGAGGUGAUACAGAUGACCACACAGCUUUCAAGGAUUAUGAAUAAUCCACAUCCUCUUCACACUCAACAUGUAUCAGUAUAACAUGUAUUACAUAGUGAUUCACGCACAACACAUAGGAGGAUAAUUGGCCUAAAAUUCUGUGUUCUAUAUUCUGUUUUCUUUUCUUAAGUGAUACUUCAGCAAAAAGUGUAGUCAGAGUAGACCCUAGUUUGUAGACCUAUUAGAAUUAGUCAAAUAAAACCAUUAGUAUGGGCUCUGCCCCAUCCUUGGCUGAGAUCUAGAUUUUAGAAUUGACAGUUAGUAGUUAGAAACAUUUCUUAAAAUAAUUUUCAUGCUCUGAUCGCCCCAUGUCUUUUGCUGUUGGGUUUGAAUUCGUCCAAAGCACAAAUACGCCCAAAGGGGUUCAAAACCGAAGAUAAACUGGUCAGGAUAUGUUGGGAAUAGUGUUAACACAUUGUACCACAUUUAGCCUUAAUCUAUAAUUCUAGAAAUCUUCAAGCAUAAUCUCACUGUAAGACUGUAAGUUUUUCUGAAAGAGGCUGUAUUUUACGAAACAGUCCUCAACUUCACCAACCAAUUUCUUGCAACAAAAAAAGGGUGGUUCUGUCUAUGUUAGAAUCACGGGUUAGAGUGGAAAAGGGCUUACUAUAAGUGGAUGUAAUCAUGCUCUUAAGUGAAAAGAUAAUUCACUGAGGCCAUACGUGACAAAUGCAACAAAUACUCUCAGUGACAUCUUUUUAUAAAGGAUUUUAUGUACUUUUGCAAUUACUACUUGUAAGUGAAUCUAUUCUUGUGCGUCUUUUGGUGUUCAACUACAAAUACUAAUGUUUUCUGUUCUUGUGUCACUUUGAAACUGUCUGAUAGUUACUUCUGUAAUGGCUUUCAAAGAGGCUGUGGUGCUGAUAGUGCAGUUGUAUUGACAGAAAACCUUGUCUGUUGUCUUCUGAACCCUAAGAUGAUGUGUUAAAAUACAGAUGUAUUGAUCAGAUGAUUGAAAGAGUUUUGCAGUAAGUGAUCAUCUUUGCUCUCUAUAUUUUAAUCUGGAUCUGUUCAACACCAUCUGAUACACAGUAAGAAUAUUAUUUUUAAAUGGUGGCAUAAAGGAUUAGUUGUGGUGCUUUUUUCAGUUGACUGUGAAUCAAAUAUUUUCCCCUAAUUUCUGUAAGCUGUACAGAUGUGAUUCAAGGGGCCUUUUUGAAAUGGUGGCAUAUAAAGACACCUGCCUUUCUCAAAUGUAUAACAGUUCUUCGAAUACUCCAUAGACUUUGUGUAUAUAACCUUCUGUAUUUUUGCAUUUAUUUCCUAUAUACCUUUACCUUGUAUUGACUGAAAGAAAUAAAACAUUUUAAACGCA